AGCAGCAUAUAAGCUCCAGUCACGCUUGUGCAUUAACCCUUUUGGCGCAUAGUGACAUGAGUUUCUUCUAUGACUCCCCUUUAAGAGACGAGGGAUGCGACGUGUGUCACCCAACCCUGUUCCAAGCACCCGCUGGGGGAGGAGAGUCUGGAUGGACGUAUAGAUAGGCCAAAUAAAUAAACAAACGACAGGAGCAGGAGGAGGGGGAGGAAAGAGAAAAAGGAAAUUCCCUUCUGUCUUUUCCUCUUCCCGAGCAUCUUGCGCUGCGCAGUGUUGGCGACACCACCGGGGAGCGGUGCGCAUUUUCUGUCGAUCCGAGGACAGCAGCCACAUCUCCGAGCCUGAAACGGGCUGAAACACCGCAAUCUGACAGCCAGAGGAGGAAACUGCGGGUUCUUCUUUUAUUUUGAAAGCUUCUUUUUAAUGCACUGACGGUGGAGCAGAGACAGCCAAACCUGAUGCCCCCUCCAAACGGGAUAUUUGGCCGACCUAUGGAGUGUUGAUUUACAGUCGUUUUAACAAGAAUAUUUUUGAGGACACGCGGAGGAGCCUCGCUUGCACCGCGUUUUUCAUUGGCCUAUUUUUGCAUUAAAUUGCUGCGGGGUGAGAAAAUAGCUUUCAUUGCCAGUUGAGUGUUACAUAACCGAGUGGCAUUAGCUGUCCAAGGUGCUGAACUGAACGGUCGGAGCCUAUAACGGGACGAGCCGAGGGGAAUUCACAACCUUGCAAGGUCACAGGCCUAUCAAUCCGGGGAAGAGGAAAGGAGAGCAAGGGAUCCGCUCCGGGAAGCAGCCGGGUGAUAUAUUCAUAUUCAUAUUUCCUCGGCCCUGUGGGUGAAACACAUUCCUGAGGUGGUCGAUUCAGCGGAGAGAAAAUGUCGGGGCAAACGCUCACGGAUCGCAUCGCCGCUGCGCAAUACCAGCUAACGGGAUCAGAUAUGGCCCGGGCUGUCUGCAAAGCCACCACUCAUGAAGUGAUGGCGCCCAAGAAAAAGCACCUGGAGUACCUGGUGUCAGCCACCAACACCACCAAUGUGAACAUCCCUCAAAUGGCUGACACGCUGUUUGAGCGAGCCACAAAUGCCAGCUGGGUGGUUGUCUUCAAGGCCCUCGUCACCACUCAUCACAUGUGUGUCCACGGCAACGAGAGGUUCAUUCAGUACUUGGCCUCCAGGACCUCUCUCUUCAACCUCAGCAAUUUUAUCGACAAAACCGGCUCUCAUGGCUACGACAUGUCUACAUUCAUCAGACGGUAUGGGCGGUACCUUAACGAGAAAGCCUUUGCCUAUCGCCAGAUGGCUUUUGAUUUCACCAGAGUCAAGAAGGGUGCUGACGGCGUGAUGAGAACCAUGACCACUGAGAAGCUGUUGAAAGGCAUGCCUGUUCUGCAGACUCAGAUUGACACACUCCUGGAGUUCGAUGUUCAUCCCAAGGAGCUGAACAAUGGGAUCAUCAAUGCUGCAUUCCUGCUUCUCUUCAAGGACCUGGUCAAACUGUUUGCGUCUUACAAUGACGGAAUCAUCAACCUAUUAGAGAAAUACUUCAAAAUGAAGAAGAGUGACUGUAAGGAGGCCUUGGAGAUCUACAAGAGGUUCCUGACCAGGGUGACAAAGAUCGGGGAAUUCAUGAAGCUCGCUGAGACAGUUGGAGUCGACAAAAAUGACAUUCCUGACAUCAACUACGCUCCCAGCAGUAUCCUGGAGAGUCUGGAAACACACAUGAACGGCCUGGAGGAUGUGAAAGGAGGAAAGAAGGGUGAAGGGUCUCCAACAAAGGGGUCUCCGACAAACAAUGUGUCUCCAACAUCAACACCUGCCAAAUCUUCAAAUGCUGUUCCCGCACUGCAGCCUCCUCCUGGGGAGAGUGCUGCCGCUGCUGCUGCUGCUCCUGCUGAGCCAGCUGAAGAUUCCUUGUUGGACCUGGAUCCACUGUCUUCCUCGGGUCCCUCAGCACCAUCAGCUGCCCCCACGUCUUGGGGAGAUCUUCUUGGAUCAGAAAUGGGCGAUUCCUUGCUAUCUGAACCCACCCUCACGGCAGAGCCCGCCCCCUCCCCUGCAGCAGCAACGCCCACUCCUGCAGCGGCAGAGCCCGGAGUCUCUCUAGCUCCUCCCACUAGCACAGCAGCCGCCACCUCCCCUGGCGCCGCCAAUAUGGAUCUGUUGGGAGAUGCCUUUGCAACACCUGCUCCUGCCACUGAGGCCUCUGCAGCAGCAGCUGAAGGUGGGGCCGCUGCCACGUCUGCCCCAGCCGCCAACGCUGGAGCUGAGUCCACAGGGGGAGAUGCCACGGCCGCUGCUGCUCCUGCCGCCCCCGGUGCAGAGCUCAUGUCAGUAUUUGAUGGACUAGGGGAUGUAAUGAAGCCCACUUUGACCCCUCAGGCGGGGGAUGUUGACACCUCCAUGGCUAACAUGGCAAGUAAUCUCACAAUGGGAACCGCAGCGGCACCUCAGGUAGCUCCCCCCUGUUGGGGUGCUCCCAUGACCGUACCCAUGGGUGUUCCUCCUUUUAUGGGGACUCACCCCAGCUUCAGCAUGCCCGGGGCACCAGGAGCUCCCAUGAUGCCCAUGGUGAGGCCAGGCUUUCCUGCGACUGGGGCAACCCCCGGAGCACCGAUGUCUCCUGGAGCAGCCCAGAGCCCCAGAAAGCCUCCACCACCGAGGAACGCUCUGGAUGACCUCAACAUUAAGGACUUCAUGUAGACUGACUGACCUGUAAACCCCCAAGGUUUGUCAUCGUGUCUGGAGCUCUGUGGAUGUGGAUGUCUGCACUCCCCCCACUGCCUUCCCCUCAGUCAUGCCCUCAGCCCCCCCCAUCUCAGCCAACCAGCCAUUACAUCUGCGAUCUCUGCCCUCUGAACUCCUACCACCCCCCCCUCCUAAAAUAAAACCUGCCCUCCUUAUCUAAUGUUGUAGCACAACUGUGAAUGUGAACCCUAGAUACAGAAAAACAAAACUCCGUUUAUGUGUGUGUGGGUGUGCGUGUAACUCAGUGUUAACCUUUACUUAAUAUACUACGGAAAAACGAACAAAAAAAAUAAAUAAAUGUGUAUUUAGAUUCAUUCUGGAUUUCCGCGUAUCAGCUGACUUGGAAUGGUGGAUAAAUGUUGGUUUCUUUGCGCAUCUCCCAGACGAGGACCGUGUUGUUUAAAUGUGGACUGUGUUCGGUGUGUGUAACUUCACUGGCCAACCCCGACUCCCACUCCUCCACCCCCACUGUUGUCCAAAAACUAAUACUGAGCUAUGUUUAUGUCAUUAAAAACUUGGUUGUACCUAUAUCUGCUCGGCCAUCCAUCCUCCCACGUGUCUACUUCCAACAAAAUGUACCUGAAAACAACUUGCGAUCGAAUCUGGACUUAUCAUCGAACACAUCAAGUUGUGUUCAGUUUCAUUUUUACUUUUUUUUUUUUUUUUUAGGGAUCGUGUGAAACAUGCAAAAAUUUGUGAACUGUGUUCGAAUUGACAUAUGCAUUUUAGACUGUUUUAAAUGAUAGAUUAUUUUCUUUAUUCUUUAUUUUGUGAGAAAAAAAUAUCAUAUAUUUUUAGUUAAAUUAUAAGGUUGAAAUAAGGCAAGUAGACUUUAAAAAAAAUCCCCGCCUUCUUUGUACAUACCUCUCAAUCUGUAAUCAGAGGCAGUAUUGAAUGGAAACUUCGCCCUGAGUGUUUACUGUUGCGCCCCCAGCUGGUGUGGAGUGAUACUGCAUCGUAGCAUGCGACAGGUCAAUCUGGGAUGCAUCAAACUCUCAGAGAGGUCCUUCCUCCACAUAAGACGUUAAUGGAAGGAAGUGUUUGUGUAUGUGAUUGGGAUGUGGCCUCUGUCCUCUCUGCAGCAGCGCUCGGUACAUUUGUUCACAUGCUGCAGGUCUGGAGGACUCUCACUGUUAAGCACUCAAGUAUACGCUGGAUGUUCUGUGUGUUGUUUAUUUCCAAAAGUGACUGUAUCUUAAUCCAUUGUGGCAAGUGUUGAAAGAAAAAUAAAGAUGACUACGACACGUUUAAAAAAAAAAAAAGAAACAAUAAGAAUGUGGAUAAAUAAUGUUUGCUAAGUAUUCAACAUGAAGGCUGUGUUGUUUUUCUUUGGGUUAUUAUGGAUGGCAUCGUUCUUUCUCCCUCACCCCCACCUGCAUGUGAGUCCAAAUGAGAUGCAAUAAAAGACAAAUACACUGAUC